AUGGAAUUUGAUAAUGAUACCAUACCACCGAGUCUUCCGCCACCGCCUCCAAAUCGAACGACAUCCUCAAAAGUCACAUUUAAAGGUGCACAAACGUGGCGAGAAUCAAUCGGAAUGUUUCUAGCGGCAAUGUUAGCAUUUGCAGUUGUUGUGAGUUUUUCUGGGAAGUUUUUUUUCUAGGAUAAUAUGUAUACUUUUCCGCCAUACGGAAAUUGAAAAAUUAACAAUUUCAAAACAAAAAAUUCCAUGUACUUCUGGGGGUAACCGUAAUAAACACGAGGUAGAGAUCGUUUCCGUUCUUGGGAUAAAAAGAGGAUUUUUUAAUUAUCCUGGCGUACAUUAGAAGUGCAUAUCAAGAAAUCAAAGUAAAGUUUAACCUCCGCGGUGAAAAUUGUUGAAGACCAGAAACAAUUUUUAAAUAAUUUUGGGUUUUGCAAAGUUUUUAAUUUGUGGGAAACAAAAAAUUAGCAAGGUGAUUAAAUUUUGAUAAACAAAACUAUUAAAAUCAAAUUAUUUAUGAUAUAAUAGAUAUUUGUUGUUUUAAAACAUCACAGUUCCAAAGUUUCCAGACAAAAAACUACAGUAAUCCGUUCUCAUUCCAUUUUUUCUCCAUUUUCUAUUUUUCUGAACACGAGAAAACCACAAUUUUCUCACAUCUUUGAAAAUUUGUAUGAUUAAAGUUCAAAUGUGAUCCAGAUCCAGAACCCACUCGUGGAAACAUUUUUGUUUUCAAAAAUUAUCAGACAUAAAUGUCAAAAAAUUAAUUAUCAGGUGGCCGCGCGGAGCUCUGAAAAUGGGCGGAGCUAAUUCUGAUAGAGCCAUAUAAAAGGGGAAAGCUUUUGGAUAGAUCAGUCUUGCUUUUGCUCUUCAACUGAACACUAAAUUCUGAAAAUGUUCCACAUGUCGAUUGAUAUUCAUACUACAAGUUCACCAGAACUUUCCAAAUAUUCGCCAGGCGUUCAAACUGCCAUUAAAAGAAGUUUGGAAGAUAAGCGAAAAGGUUUUCGACGAUGCCAUUCUUCAAUCAACUGAUAUUAUAUGACUGAAAACUUCAUUUUGUAUUUUUAUAUAUAUAUAUAUUUAUUUUGGUACUAUUUCAUCGUCUUCUUCCAAUUUAGAGCAGCAAUUUGUUGAUUGUCUAGAUGUGUUUUUUUGAUCACAGACAGCGCCGAAGGGUCAUUAAUUUCUCGAUUUUAAUAAUUUGAAUACGUGUUUCUUGUUUUUUUUUUUGACUAAUAAUAAUGAUAAUGAUAAUAAUAAUAAUAAAUAUUUGGAUUUGGAGUAGUUCUGAAGAAACUGGAAAAUGGAGAAAAAAAUGAGAACGUCUGAAAUUCUGUAGAACUGAAAACCUGGAACUUUGAGAUUUGAAGAACUUUUGAUGAUCUUGAAACCGGAACCCGAAAGUUUAGAGCUCAAUUUGGAGAUCUGGAAAUCAAGAGCUUCUAAAACCUGGGCUACAAUUUUGAGAAAUCUGGUAGAUUGUAGUUUUGAAAUUUGAAUUAUAGCUCUGAAAUUGUGUGUUUUGAACUUUAAAUGUAUCUGCAAUAUUGAAGUUCUAGGAAGUAUCUCCUGAAAUUCCAGCUAUUAAUUUUGCAGGAAAAUCUUCUAAUUGUUUAUAGUUUGAACUUGAAACUUUUCAAUAUUGAAACAAAACAUAGAUAAAUCUACAAACUUCACUUCAAGUUGAAUUUUUGUCAUCUGAAUUUUUUCAAAAUCUCUCCCCCUGUUUUAUUUUUGGCUGUUUAAUAACCUGAAUUAUAAGAUUAGCAUUGGAUUUUCAUUGGAUUAAUAAGUAAAUUCCUCGAAAUCAUUUUUUAAUCCAAUUUUUAUCAGAAAUUGCAACAGUUGACCGUUGGUCAUUCUCCUUCCACCUCCACGUUUAUCUUUUUUUUUCGGAAAAAAUUCGGAAUCUCCAAACUUUGCUCCAUAUUUCCGAGAACACAAAAAUAAUGAUAAAAACAAAAACACUAUAGUGCUUUUGGAAUUUUUUCAAUUUCCGGCAUUUUUGAGGGUGGGUUAUUUUCAUCCUCAAGCAUCAAAGAUUCCUUGAUUUUUUGAACAAAAUUUGAAUUUUCGAAUAACCUUUUUCGAAAAUUCAAAACUUUUUAGGCUACAUAAUUGUAGUGUUUAUUGUUAAACUGUUCCUUUUAUGAGUAAGCCAUGUGCAAACAGAAAAACACUAACAUUGUUAGGGUUUUUUUUCGCUAAUUCAGUUUGAAGAGCAAAAGACACCUGGCUGUUUAUUGCUGAAAGGGCAUUUAGACCAAAAAAAUAAAUAUUUGACUUGAGAUUGGAGAUUGGAUUGGAAACAUAGUGAAAAGCUUGAUUUCGGUACUUUUUGAAAUCAAAAUUUGCUGGAACUAUAUCAAGAUUCUGAAAUUGUUCAGGUCCUGAAGUUCAUUUCUGAAAUAAUUUUUAAUCUUCAUUUGGCACUGUUAUUCAGAAGCUUCUAAACUCGAAACAUUUCGACAAUUUAGUGAAUCUUUUUUUUAAAUGUUUUCAGUUUCUGAUUUUUCUUGAAAUAUAUUCCAGCCCAUAUCUUUUUUCUUCUUUAGGUACAGUUAAAUCUCAACAGAAUGAAAAAUUUAUUUUCAAUAAAAUUGUGAUAAUUUCAAUAAACUUCGAAAUCACCAAAAAAAAAACAUGAUAAUUCGCAAAAACGAAUACAAAUGAAGGUGUCAGAUAUUUUCAAAAAUAUCUAGGAAGACAUACUAUACAUACAGGCAUGGGAAGACAAUUAAUUAAUUGAAACAUGAAAGUAUUUAAAAGUCAAAAUUCAAACAGCUGCAGUAUUUCUUCUUCUGAACGACUUUCUCUUCUCUUGUAAAUCUUUCCAAUAUUGUUGAAUCUUUACAUCAGCUUCUGAAGUUGUUCGAGAUAAAUCGACAAAUGAGUGAAUAUCUUGAUGAAUAUGGAACAUUUUUUGAAGUUGACGAAAAACUUGGAGUUGAAAAAUAAUAAGAAAAUGAGAUUUGAGAGCAAGGCUGAUAAUGAUAAUGAGAUAUCUAAUAUCCAUCCUCAUUUUAUAUGGAUGCUAUGCUACAAAUAAUAAUAAUAUGCUCCGCCCAUUUUUUUGAUAACUCUUCUCUGAUAUCAUUUUUUUUUGCCUGGAAUCCAAAUGAGGAUUCAUUUCAAAUCAAAUUUUGUUGAUUAAUUGGUAUCAGAAAGACCAACGGUUGCCGGAAGAAAGCAAGGUUUUAUGGCUUCACGGAAAAAUUUGUGUUGCGGGUGGAGGGAAAACUUUUGAGCUCGGUGGUUUAGGCUCGAUUGGAGCUCAAUUAAAAUUUGCAAAAUUCUUGAAAAUGAAUGCAUAAACAAGAAAAGCGUCCUCCUCUUUUAAUUUCAAUCGGAAGUUAUAGAACCUCAUAAGAUCAGGUCAUCUGAACAGCUGAGAGAACGUUUGGAGAUUUUUUUCAAAUGUCUUCUGAUGACCAGGCGUCUGAAAUUUGGAAAAAAAUGGCAGAGUUGUAAAAACUUUGCAAUUUCAGGGUAACCCGAAAUUUGGAAAUAGUUUUCAAUGUGUUUUGAUAGAUAAACACAUUUCAAAUUAAAUUUAGGGUUUCUUUUAGACUUUGAAAAAAUGAAUAAUAUUUUUGAAAUUUUAUGAUUAACACAAAUCUUAUCCAUGUUAUCAUGAGAUGUUUCUGAAUUAUCAAAAUAUUUGUUGUAAAAUAUGACGGUUGUUGAAAGCUAAGAAUUUUUUUUUCAAAUUUUGAUUGAAAGAAAAACUCCCCAGACAAAAAAAUGAUGUGAUUUUUUCCAGAUCUCCUCAAUAAUUCUGAUAGUCUACGUUUGGAAAGAUAGACAAGUUUAUGAUGAAUUGGUGGAUUAUUUGGACAAAACAAUCAGUAUUUCGAAAAUCAACUAUAAUCCAAUUCUUGGUUUAUAUCAGUUAAGCGAAAAGGAACUCGAAGUUUUAGGAAGCCAAAAAACAGUGAGUUUGGCCUGGCCACCCAAUGUUUCGACUCUACACAGGCAAUUACAGAUCAGCUUAUUAUUAGUCUAUUAUUGACUUAUUUUGAAUUUUGGCUUAUUAUAGGCUAAUACGGUACAUAUUAUUAGUCAAAAAUCGAUGCAAUUUUUCAAAUCUAGCCCAAAAAUAGCAAAAGCCGUUUUAUGAUCAAUUUGAAAGUGAGAAAUAGGAAAUUACAUUCAUCUAAGAAUUCUAGAGUUCAAUCAGAGGUCCAGAGAUCCCUAAACUUCAGACUCAUUUUUUACUAAUAACAAGCUUAUUAGUAAUUAUUAGUAACUUAUUAGUCAAAAAUAAAUCUGAAUUUUAGGGAUCUCUGGAAGUUUAGAAUUGAUAGAUGAAUGUAAUUUCCUAUUUCUUACUUUCAAAUUAAUCAUAAAGCAGCUUUUGCUAAUUUUGGGACAGAUUUAGAAAAUUGCAUCGAUUUUGACUAAUAAUAGGUACCGUAUUAGCCUAUAUAACGCCUAUUUUCAAAAUAAGUCAAUAAUAGACUAAUAAUAAGCUGAUCUGUAAUUGCCUGUGUAGUCUAAUCCCAAUUUAUGAUGUAACGAACGGAUUAAUGACAAAGAAAAUGUAUCACACUAGAUAUUUUGAUAAUAUUUUUCAGUUUUUUCGCACUUUUUUCUAAUUGAGCAAAGAUUUGUUUUUGCAAAAGUUGAUUAGGAAAUUAGAAGUUAGCAGAACAUGUGAAUAAUUCGAAUUUAAUAAUAUCUUGCACCUAGGACAUUUCAGCUCAACUCGUGUUUUUCGAGUAAUAAUAGAGUCUGGCGAUAAUUUAGAACAAGAACGAUUUCUGAUUCAUCGGAAAAAGCCAAACAUCGAAUGGUAGAGUAAAAAUCUAGGAGAAAAUAUUUGUAUUGUUAAGCAAUUACGCUAAUCUCGGAAGGAUAAGAUGAUUUCAUGGAAAAUGAUCAGAAAACAAAUAGAAUAAAGGGUGAUGUACUACCUGAAAAACCUAAAAACCCCCGCAUUUUAUCUCAGAAAUGCCACAAUGAGAAAAUAGGGGUGAAGGGGUGAUGUGAUGUUUUUUUCUAGUUUACUCGCCAACCUAGAAAAUUCCGUGAGUUUUUAAUCUGAAACAUCAUUUCAAUCUGAAACAUCUUCAAAAAUACGCUAAUCCUUUUCCACUUAAUUUUUUCUCUUGAUUACUCACAUGGCGGCAGAUUAAAAAAUGAAAAAUCAAAAUCAUCCCACGUUUAUACUUCAUUCAUUCAUGUUUUGUUUUUUUUUAUUUUGCAAAAAAUAUGAUUGCAAACUCAUUCUGACCGGUAAUAUCAAACAUCCCUAGAAAAAAAAAAUUAAAAAUGGAUUUGGGAAUUGAUAGAUCACUUUCAACACAACACGUGAGAUAAUAGAAAAAUAUCACAAUAAUCUUUCAGUUCAAUCAGCUUACUGUCAAAGUUUUGCUUCAAAACUGCUCAGACAGAUUUUUUCACAAAAAAAUGAGUAAACAAAUCUAUUUUCAGUACAAAAACAUCAUUCAAGCAUUUUUGUUCUCUGAACUUGGUAUUUUCGUGUUUCUUGGAAUUGCGUCCUUCUUGUAUUUCACUUGCGAUGUUUCGGCUGGAUCGAAGAAUGUUGUAUAUUGGGUAAGUAUGAUUUUCAUGGUGAAUUUUAGAUUGAACUUAACUUGAAAAAUCCUCACCCCGCCUCAUUCUCAAAACAAUCCAGAUCGUCCUCGGCUGCGGAGUUAUCUACGCAAUCAUCCAAGUCCACAUCUUCACUUUUUCCCUAAUUCCAUACGCUGGUCACUUGCCAAACAGCACCGAAAAACUAUUGAACCACGCAAUUCCACACAAUCCAGGUGGUCUUCAACAAAUGGAAAAUCGAUUGGGUUGCACUUUUGAUCACAAUUUAUAUGCAGCGAAUAGAAGACGAUUGAAUCCAAAUGUAACCUGAAUUUAUUUGGAACUUCUUGAUAUAAGAUUUUUUUCAGAAUACAUGUGAUCCUCAAAUCGAAUCAUCUUUCCUCCCUCUUCACAUUCUCAUUGCUCUUUUAGUUAUUCGACUUCUACCAAUUGUCAUUGCUCUUUUAUUAUUUGUUAAAAGAACACCAUUGUCAGAAAAUAUUGCACAAUUUAUCGAGAAUUUUCGGAAAUCUGACAAAAAACGGUAAGGAUAUUAUCAUCAGACGCUCAUGAAAAUUUAAAUUCCAGACUCUACAUCAAAAAACAGCCACGAAACCCAACAACAACAACAACAUUUGAUGGUGAACAUGUGAAUAAAUCGACUACUUUUGGAGUUAACUCAACUCCACCCAGGUGAGCAAAAUCCAAUUUUUAGCCUCGCGAGGCGCCUAAUGAAAUUUCAACAAGUGGUCAGAAAAAUAUUUAUCUCUCUAUGAGUCAAUUUCAUUUUUUCAUAUUUUCUGACUGAAAAUCGGCUUCCUAAUAUACAUAAUAAGAUUCCAAAAUUUGCUAGAAAUAAAAGAAUAAAACAAUAAAAUAAUCUAAUGGAGGAAUGUUUCAGAAUAACAUCGACGCCUUUGCCACCAGUUCCAUCGCCAGCCCAAAUGGAUCAUAGCAUAAGGUAAACAUCUUAACACAUUCACAUUCAAAUUAUUUUGUUAAGCUUUUGAAAAAUAAAAUGAAAAGUGUAGGAGGGUAUCUAGGAAAAUAAACAAGGUUAUCUAACAGGAUGAAAGAGCAGUUUUGGUGAAUUUUUUAUUUUACUUAUAAUCUGGUAUUUGAGAAUAAACAAAAAAUAGGCUGACAUGUAUUCUGGGGUACUGUAGAUAAUCCAAAGUGUGACACUUUUUGUGUUUUCUCAUUUAACACCAAAAAAAUCCAGUUUUCUCUAACACUUUCUAACCAUUUCCAACUUCGAGAACAAAUCUUUGGUCCGAAAUUAAGUACAAAAGAACUGAGCACAAAACAAUUUCAUAAAAAUCCAGAGAUUGGAUCAAGCAUCAUAAAAUAGGAUUAUAGGUUUUUCUAAUUAAAUGGGAUUGAAAGUCCGUCAGAUUUUUCAUCUAUCAUAAGUGAUGAAAAAACAAACAAAGAAAUUGUCUAAAAUUUAAAAAGUUAAAAUAAAUGUUCUAUGUUCUUCCCUAAAACAUCCAAAUGAUUCAGGUAUUAAUCAGUUGGUUGUUUUCCGAAGAUCUCAAAUAUUUUCAAGUUUCAUUUACGUAAUAAUCUGAGUUAUCCCAGAUAAUUUCUUCUAAAUACCCAAAUCCAAACCUCUAUUAACUCGUGUUUUUCUGUUUUUGCCCUUUCCUUUUUCUAUUUAUCCUAACUUAUCUCAUCUCAUUUCCAGCUAUAACAACGCCGCUUAUUUUGCAACAUCUGGUGCAUUUUCAUCUCGUUCAAGUGAUAUUUCCAGAAUUGAUGCCACUGAAUUAUUUAAAAAUCCAAUACAUCGACAUCCAUCUGGAAGUAUUCAAUCAGAAGUUUAA